AUGCGCGCUGAACCACAGCAUCACCCCUCACCUUCCGGUCAUUCACUCGGCAACAGCAACAAGCCAGAUUCAGAGGCCCGGACUGAGGUAGGCAGUAGUGGAAGGGUUGCUCCUCAUUUCUACCAGCACAUGCAGGCUUUAAUAUUUGCAGUUGAGGAGAUUAAUGAUCACCCUGAGCUACUUCCCAACAUUACCCUUGGCUUCCAAGUGUUUGACACUUGCUUUAAUUUACGAAAAGCAGCACACGGGACCCUCUCAAUGCUUUCCGGAGGGAAUGAAACCACCACUAAUUAUCACUGUAACAAACUGUCACCUCUUGCUUCUAUAAUUGGGGAUUCAGGGUCCUCAGUUUCAAUUAUAAUGGCCCAGAUCUUGGGACUCAACCGAUACCCACAGAUCAGUUAUUUUGCAACCAGUCCAAUUCUCAACAACCGUAACCUGUUUCCUUCCUUUUUCCGUACCAUACCUAGCGAUGAAUUUCAAAUGAAAGGUCUAGCCCAGCUGGUCUCUCAUUUUGGUUGGUCUUGGGUUGGUCUUCUUGUCACUGAUAAUGAUUAUGGUCAAUUUGGACUUCAGAUGAUAAAGCAGGAAAUAAUAAAUAGUGGAGCCUGUGUAGCCUUUGUUGAGAAUAUCUUGACUGGUCAACCUAACAGGAAUGCUCCUCGUAUCGUCCAAGUCAUUAGAGAAUCAACAGCAAAGGUUGUGGUGGUAGUAGAUGCUGAAUCCUCCUUUGUAAUUGUGUUGGAAGAGCUGUUAAGACAGAAUGUAACUGGAAUUAUGUGGGUAGCCAGUGAGGCUUGGGCAACUUCAGCUGUACACUCUGAAAACAGAUUCAAAGGGGUCGUAGUUGGCACUCUUGGUUUUGCUAUCCACGGUGGUCAAUUGCCAAUGUUCUCUAAAUACCUCAACAGCCUCAGUCCUUCAGAUAUGCUUUUUGAUUCAUUUAUAAAAGAAUAUUGGGAGCAGAGCUUUUCCUGUAAGUGGCUCAGUCAGGAGAAUUUGGCAACUUUGCUGGAGAAUGACACAAUACGAGCAUGUACAGGGAAUGAAACUCUAGAGAACAUAACACCGGAAUUUUAUCACAGGGCAUCCCUCAAUGUAUACAAUGCAGUUUAUGCAAUUGCCUGGGCCCUACAGAAUUUGAUUCUUUGUGUUCCUGGAAAUGGACCAUUUGAUCAUGGUACUUGCACCAACAUUUCUUCAUUUCAACCUUGGCACCUUCUUCACUAUAUCAAAAAUGUAUCCUUCCAGACUACAUAUGAUAGCCAAGUAUUUUUUGAUGCAAAAGGUAACCCUCCAGCUGUAUAUGACAUUGUAAAUUGGCAUGUUCCUCUUUCCAAUUGCAGCCCAAGUUGUCCUCCCGGGUUUAGAAGGGUGAUGGUAACUGGAAAAUCGCCUUGCUGCUAUGAGUGUGCUUUGUGCCCCCUAGGACAGACAUCAAACCAAACAGAUUCAGUGAAAUGUCACUUAUGUUCCUGGGACACAUGGCCAAAUCUGCAAAGAGACAAAUGCUUACCAAGAACCACAGAGUUUCUUUCCCGUGAAGAACCUUUGGGUUAUGGAUUAUCAGCAAUUUCCAUCUUCUCGUCUCUUGUUCCACUAGUUAUACUGUUCAUUUUUAUAUAUUAUAAAACAACACCAGUUGUCAGAGCCAAUAACUAUUCCCUUAGUUGCCUUCUCCUGCUCUCCCUGUUCCUUUGUUUCCUUUGCUCUUUAGUUUUCAUUGGUUACCCACAGCCUCAAAUGUGUCUUCUACGUCAGGUGGCAUUUGGGAUGGUUUUCACUGUAUGUAUCUCCUGUGUUCUGGCCAAAACCAUCACUGUAGUUAUUGCAUUUAAUGCAACCAAACCAGGCAGUAGGUUAAGACAAUGGACAGGAGUAAGAGUGUCCUACUUUGUUAUUGUGUUAAGCACCUUUAUUCAGUUGGUCAUAUGUGUUUCUUGGCUUUUCUUAUUCCCUCCUUUCUCUGAGCUUGACACUGACACAAAACCUGGAGUCAUCAUUGCUAACUGCAAUGAAGGGUCACCCACUGCUUUCUGGUGCAUGCUGGGAUAUCUUGGAUUUUUGGCCACCAUAAGUUUCAUUGUUGCCUUCCUGGCCAGACGUCUCCCUGAUAGUUUUAAUGAAGCCAAAUUUAUCACAUUCAGUAUGUUGGCUUUCCUCAGUGUCUGGGUGUCCUUUAUCCCGGCCUAUCUCAGUGCACAUGGCAUGUAUACUGUGGCAAUGGAGGUCUUUGCUAUUUUAUCUUCCAGCUGGACUGUGAUGCUCUGUAUUUUUGUGCCAAAAUGUUUCAUAAUAUUGUUGAGACCCAACAUGAACUCUAGAGAACAUCUCAUGGGUAAAGUCAAAGGUCAAAAAUAAAAAAGCGUUGAGAUAUAUAAAAGGUGAAAAUUAGUAACCCUCGUACCAAAUUAUAGAUCUCUACAUAAAGCAUAAAACUA